CGGACGAGUCCAUGUUUCUUUGGAUGGGAUUACGAUCCUCGUUUAAUCACUGGUUACGGUCGGUGGUUUCGUCCUACAUUAAAAGAACCACUAAUACUCUUGAUUACGGUCGGAACCACCAACACUCCUGGUUACGGUCGGGUGUGCAUGGAUUGCGACCCCGGUGGUUUAUUGUAGUGGACGAGUCCAUGGAUCUGUGGAUGGGAUUACAACUACUG